AUGCCCACCGUGGUACAAAUCUCCCAGCCUGGUCCGGCUCUACCUCCUCCUGAUCGCCCCAAUGAUCACCACCGCCGCUUGGGGUUUCGACAACGCGUUGACAAAUGGGCUUCAAUCCAUCGACACCUUCAUGAACAAUUUUGGCAACCCCAGGGAUCAACGUUGGGAUUUUUUGGUGCGUCCAUGUCUGUCGGAGGCAUCAUUGGGUGCAUUGUCGGCGGCCCGUUGAAUGACCGCUUCGGACGCCGACCUCUGAUCUCCGGUGGCGCCUUACUGAUUGUCGGCAUGGUGAUUAUGCAAACAUUCUCUUCCAAUUUCCGCAUGUUCACUGGCGGAAAGCUGCUGCUCGGCUUUGGAGCUUUCAUUCAGCAGUGUGCAGCUUCCGUGCUCGUCGUGGAGCUGGUUCACCCGAAGCAGCGUGAAGCCUUGUCAUCCUUUUUCAACACAAACAUCUACAUCGGUUUCAUCAUUGGCGCCUGGAUCACUUUUGGAACAUUCCGCAUGAUGUCUCAGUGGUCCUGGAAGCUGCCUUGUAUCCUUCAGUUGGCCCUGCCUGCAUACCAAGUCGUCAUGGUGUGGUUUUGCCCCGAGAGCCCGCGGUGGCUGAUCAGCAAAGGUCGCAUCGAAGAGGCACGGCAAAUCCUGAUCAAGUAUCACGGCAACGGUGUCGAGAAUGAAAUUAUCCGUGUCGAAAUGGAGGAGAUUAUGGGCGGUAUCGAGGCCGACAAGACCAUGAUCAAGGCCAACUGGCAAGGCCUAAAGACCAUUCUGGGUACCAAGGGCAACCGCCACAGACUCUGGAUUUGUAUUGUCACUGCGGUUGGCUCACAGGCGCUUGGGGGAUCUUUUGUGACGGCCUACCUUCCACAGAUCCUGGACCAGGUCGGUCUCACCUCUUCCAAGGAUAAGACACUGAUCAACGGCAUCAUGACCAUCGUCAAUUGGCUCACGGCAAUCAUCGCCGCUUUCGUCAUUCCAAAGGUCAAACGCCGGACAAUGUUUCUGUUUGCCACUACAGGGAUGACGGCCUCGUUUAUCAUCUGGACAGCGCUGACUGCCGAGUAUGUCAAGCACGGACACAAAGGCUUGGGUAUCGGCGUCGUUGUCAUCAUCUUCAUCUACAAUUUCUUUACCUCCAUGUGUUGGGUCCCUCUGGUUAUCGCGUAUCCUCUCGAGAAUGUUACGACCAAGCAGCGAGCGAUCUUUUUUGCCAUCACGCUCUUUUCCAUCAAUGUCUCGGCCUUCUGCUCCAGCUAUUUGAACCCUGUGGGUCUCGCGGCUAUUGGCUGGCGAUACUAUCUUCCACAGUGCUGUUUCAACGCUCUUAUGAUCGCCAUAAUAUACUUCACUUUCGUCGAGACGAAGGGACUCACGUUGGAGGAGAUCGCCAUAAUCUACGACGGCAAGGAGAGCUUCGAAGAAGCCGUCCACUAUGUGAGCAUGGAGCUGAACGCAAAGCACAGCGAGGCAGUGAACCACGUCGAGGGACUCACUGAGGUGAAAGCUUAA